GUCGUUGAACAAACAAAAAGACUGCUUGUUGUCGCGUACGUGGUAAGGUAAAAGACGAACUCGAAAAAAAACUCGAGAUAAAUUAGAGCGUGCGACCUGUUUUCCCAACAAUUUGCAAAACCUUUCAAAUAAGUUGUCACACAAGUUACACAAGUCAUUAAUAUUACGAGCUAUACACUUAAUUUGUUUAUAGAGAAUCAAUCUUUUGUAAGGCAAUUACUAUCAAAUAAUCGUUUCCAUAGCGACUAAUGCGUCUUGUCAAUUCCAUUAGUUUUUCCGCGCGCUGUUUAGUUUGUACACCUUAUGAUAUCGAUAAAAUUCACUUAGCAGUUUGACAUUUUUGCGAAGAUGGAAAAAGUAAUGAUAUCAUCACAUCCUCURUACGGCUACCAGUUUGACAUACAACAGAGAGCCAAGCUAGUACCUAUCAUACCAGAGUUGGGCGCCGGGAGAAAAAGCGUGUUCAGUGAAGUCAGAACUCCAGCGUACAAAAAACAGCACAACGUUUUUAAAGACUUCACCAUAGGACGGUCCUCGCCAAUCUGGGGAAUAAAAAAAGGAAAAAUGAAACCAAACAAUCGACUAGUUCAGCUGUCCAAACCCAAACAGCUCCACCCUGACUAUCAGCCAUGUAAGAAUACUGAGACUUUAGUGGCACCUAGUGCUAAGACUGCUGCCUGUUCUAGUCGACUGGACACGCUCUCUGAACCAAAGAAACGGACCGAGCCUCCUCCUCGAGAAUGGAAAAUAGAGAAAUCUUCUUUAACUGCUCAGCCUUCUGAACGAAUAGUGCGCUUGUCUAAUCCCAGGGGCUACGCUCAGGGGUUUCUGCCUGAUAACUUUGAAUCUUGGCGAGUAAGUAAAGCUGCUAUUGAGGCAAAGCCCUCAGGAAGAGUAGAAGAGCUUUCUAAACCUAUGGUUCGAGAGAUUGCCAGCAACUURCCCAGGGCUGAUGCAUUCGUUGUUAGUAUGGCUGCUCAAAAGGCGACGUGCUCUGAAAGAAUAGCUGAACUCUCGCAACCUGUUAAAAGAUAGAUUAUGUCACAUCUACUAUGAACCUUCCAAAUGUUAUUGUUUUCUUUCUUUCUUUCUUUCUUUCCUUCUUUUUUGUUUUUCGUUUUUCUUUUUUCUUCUUCUUCAUCAUUUUCUUAUUAUUAUUUUAUAUACAUAUAUAAUACUUUUUUGAGACCAAAAUUUUUUUUGCGGGUGUUGGUUUGCUUGUUUCAUUCAUAGGGUUUAAAAAUAAUAAACUUUUUAUUC